GCUGGAUACAAUACUUGGAGAACGAAUAUAGAAUAUAUUCAGCGGCCAGUACAAUGAAUUCGUGCCCAAACUUGUUAUUAUGGAAGGUAUGGACAGAGCUUUACGCGGUGACCCACCUACCGUGAUUGACAAGCUGGAAAGUUUGGGCUCCAGAGUCAUUUGUAUGCCUCGUCAUUUGUAUGCAUCGUAGAUAAGUGGUGUGGAGGAGAAGUGAAGUUUGAGGCAAGAUAAAGGUUGGGAGUUUUGGAGGUUAUGGCUGCAGGAGUAAGAAGUGGUGUGGGGAAGGGGGUGAGAGGAAAAAUAGAGGAAAGUCAGAAGAAAAUAGUCACAGAGGAGAAAGGAAAUGGAAAAAGAGUGGUGUUCAAAGAAACGAGUAAGGAGGAUAAGGAAAUAGAAGGAAAGGAAAGUGAUCAAAUGGAGAUGUGGAAGAGGGAGGCAAUAGUACAGGUUAGGAAGGAAGUGGGAGAACAGGUAAAGAAGGAUUUAAAGAAAUUACAGGAAGAAAGGGUAAUGAUGAAUGAACAGGUUAAAAAAGAAAUUAAGAAAUUACAAGAGGAAAGGAUGGAGUAUAGAGAACUGUGACUAAAAAAGGAGUAAGGCAAGGGUGUGCGUUAAGCCCGUUAUUAUUUAGUAUAUAUAUUGCGGACUUAGAUAAGAUGUUAGAGAAGAGAGGUAUAGGGGGAAUAGAAUUAGGUAAAGAUAGAAUAUGGAAUAUUGCGUAUGCGGAUGACAUAGUGCUGCUAGCAAAGAACAGAGUAGCGAUGAUAGAUAUGAUGAACACGUUAAAGAAAAUUCUAAAGGAAAGAAAUCUAGAGUUGUCUACGAAUAAAACGAAAAUUGUGGUGUUUAAUAGGAAAAGUAGGGAAAGAAAGGAAAAAUGGAAAUGGAAAGAUAGAGAUAUAGAAGAGGUAAAGGAGUUUAAGUACUUAGGAUUCACUUUUAAUCAGGCAGGGAAUUAUAAGGCGCAUAUAAAUGAUUUGUAUAAGAAAGGUAGGGUAGCUUUGAAUAAGGUGUGGGGUUUGGGAGAAAGAAUAUGUAGAGAUGAUUUUAUAAGGAGAUGGACAUUAUUUAGAUAUUUGAUACAAAGUGUGAUGACGUACGGAGUAGAAGUAUGGGGAUGGGAGGAAAAGGAGAAAUUAGAAAGAGUCAUGAUGGACUACGUAAGAUGGAUAUUUAGAUUGGAUUUUUGCACACUGAGGUAUAUUAUUAUGUAUGAGCUAGGGAUGGAAAAACUGAAAAUAGGGUGGGGUAUAAGGGCGAAAAGAUAUGAAGAAAAGAUCAGGAACAGUAGCAAAAAGAGAUUAAUAAAAAAAAGUGUUGGGGAGAGAAGGAGGAAAGUGGGUGGAAAGAUUUAUAUGGGAAGGAAAGGGAAAGAUAUUAUAAUAGGAAUGGUUGGGGUUUAGAAAGAGUUAAAGAAGGAAUGAAAGGAGGUUGGGAUAUGGAAGGAGAGAUAAUGAAAAGAGAAAGGGAUGUGCAAAAACAUUGAAUAGAGAAUAAGAUAAUGGAGGCUAAAUAUAAUGAAAGAUAUAAAGAGAUAAGGAAAAUAGGGGAGGGACAUAAGUAUUUAGAAAAGAGCAGUUUGAUGAGGAUGGGGACAAAAGCGGGGGAAGAGGUAAGGGCGCUUAUUAAGCUAAGGUGUGGUAAUUUAGAGUUAAAAAAUAAGUAUUGGCUAGAAGAGGAAGAGAGAAUGUGCUUAAUGUGUGGUAGGGAGCAAGACGAGAUGAAACAUUAUAUGUAUACGUGUGAGGUGGGAAAGAGAUGGUUUUGUGGAGAUGGAUAGACUGGAAGGUAGGGGAAAAGAAAGGAUAUGGAAUGAUGAGAUCGAUGAAACUAAAGCGUGGUCUACAAUGAGAACUUAAGAAAAAAUACUUAAGCUUUAAAACUUAAGCCGCACAUUUAAGACAUAAGCUGUUAAGUUGUAGUGUCUACAAUAGACUUCGCAAGCCCACAGCUUUAAGCUUUAACGACUACAAAGAACCAAUCAGAAAGCAGAUUGUUUCGCAGACGCAUGGGGCAGUGUAAAGCGCACGUUUAUAAACGCUAUGAUUUUAUAAUGGAAGAAGACGAUGAUUUUAUGUUCUUUUUUGUGGCAAUUGCAUGGGUGCAAAGGAUAACAUGUUAUUUGUUGUUAAAAAGAUGCAACAUUAGAAAUCGGAGAUGGUGGAUGCUGCCUGAUAAGCGAGAGAGAUCUCAUCUGGGAGUAUACACUACUUUGUUUUUGAGGUAUAAACACACGAAUCAUGAAGAAUUCUUCAAAAUGACAAGACUUACAGUUGAACAAUUUGAAGAACUGCUCAAUUUGAUUAGCCCUGCCUUGAUAAAGAACAGCAUACGAGAAUAUUUGGAUCCUGCAUUUCGUCUAGCAUUUACAGUGUGCUUUCUAGCAUCAGGAGACAGUUUGGUUUCAAUGGCCAGAUGUUGGCGUAUAGGCAGGUCAACAUCUUAUAAUGUUGUUAUUGAAACGUGCAAUGCUAUUUGGCAAUGUCUUCGAAGGAUAUAUUUGAAGAAUCCUUCUCAAGAAGAGUGGAAAAAUAUUGAGAAAGACUUUUAUAAUAGAUGGAAUUUCCCCAACUGUGUCGGGGCUUUGGAUGGAAAGCACAUUCGUGUGCAAUGUCCACCCAACUCUGGUUCAGCGUAUUAUAAUUACAAAGGAUAUUACAGUAUGGUAUUGCUAGCUACAUGUGAUGCAAAUUAUGCUUUCACUUCUGUAGAUAUUGGAGAUUAUGGAUCAUUGUCAGACACAAGUAUUCUCAGUGCAUCGGCAUUUGGACAAGCUCUGGAACGUGAUGAAUUAAAUCUGCCACCCCCAAAAGUAUUGCCAAAUUCAACAUUACUAGCUCAUUACUAUUUCGUGGGUGAUGAAAUUUUUCCGUUACGAUUAAAUUUACUUCGACCAUAUGCAAGGAAAAACUUAUUAGGGGUCGCCGAAAAAGUUUUCAAUUAUAGACUCUCCAGAGCGCGACGUGUUAUUGAGAACGCUUUUGGAAUUCUCGUAACCAGGUGGAGAGUGCUAAGAACUACAUUAGCCCUAAAUCCGGAUAAUGUGGAGGCUAUAAUUUCUGCUACAAUUUGUUUACACAACUUUAUAAUGAAAAAUGAAGAACACAUUGUUGGAUUCCAAUCAUACUGUCCAUCUGGUUAUGUUGACUAUUUUUAUGACAAUGGCAAUGUCAUUCCUGGCUCUUGGCGAGAAGAAAACACUCCUGCGUGUGUAACACGACUCAAUCGAGUAGGAUCUAACCGUGCUGCCACAAUUGCAAUGAAGCAACAAGACGCAAUAGCUGCAUAUCUCAUCUCAAAUCAAGGACAAAUUCCUUGGCAAUGGGAAGUUAUAAACAGAGGUCGCAUAAUAAAUGUUUCUUAAUUUGUUAUAGGCUUUCUACAAUAAACUUUUAAUCAUAAUGCAUAAGGAUGAACCGAUUAGAAUCCUUGCACGAUUGAAAGAACUUUGAUUGGUUCAUUUCCUUAUGCAUUAUGACUAAAGGGGCUUAUUGUAGAAAAAGCCCAUUAAACUUUAUUAUAUAUUAAGUAUAUAUAAAAAUAAUUAUUUUUCUUUCAUUAAAUAAGGGUACAAUACAUUUAAGUUUGUAUUUAUUUUUUUUACA